AUGGCGUCGGAUCUGGACAAGUUCUGUCAACCGGUUGUGACGCAUAAUGGAAUCCGCAUGACGAUUGAAGAGUACAGGCUACUCAUAGAGACAAGCCAGGAGGCCAUCUCGGGACUGACCUUUAAUAUCCACACCACCAUCGUCAACGACAAGACACAGCAGCUGGCGGCGAGAAUCGAGUUUACCGGGACACCUGCUCGCGAAUGGGCAGGAGCAAGGCCCAACGGCAGACCGGUUGAAUUCUCUGAGCAUGUGUUCUACUGGCUAGACGAUGGCAAGAUCAAGGAAGUGAUAGCACGCGAGGCGACGCGAGGUUACCGUACUCACCUUUGCUCUGGACGGCGAUCCCCUCGCCCACAUGCCGUCACCGCCGCCGCCACCGUCACCAUCUUCAUGUUUCCGCCUCUCGUCCUCCUCCUGCGCAAUGCCUUACGGCUGCUUGUGCCGCUCUCGAUAGCCCUGACUGCUUACCUUUAUCUCUACCCUGUCUUCCAGACGUGCGCAUUUCCACUCCCGCAGAGCAGUGGUCUUGCUUCUAGUCCGGAUUCCAAUGGCCUGAGCGCAUACCUCGAGACCUUGCGCCUUCACUGGCAAUUGCCUUUCACGCAGGGCCCCGAAAACGACGAUAUCGACGGCCAAUCCCGAGAACGGCCCCGGGUGGCACCCUUCCGACUGCUGGCUCUCGGCGACCCCCAGCUCGAGGGCGAUACUUCUAUACCCAGGGCCGGCUUUCCACAUCUGGCCAGUUGCGCUUCGCGUCUCGCCUUUCGGACAAAGCACAACUCUCUCCGCGACCGGGUUCGCCAGUCUCUGCACGAUCUCGUCGACUUCUAUUUCGAAGACAUCCCCACUAGCAUCGAGUCAUUGCGCAAGCGCAUCGAUCUUAUCGGCAAUGACUUCUAUCUCGCACACAUCUACCGAACCCUUCACUGGUGGAGCGUGCCGACGCAUGUGACUGUGCUGGGGGACCUGCUCGGGAGCCAAUGGGUGAAUACAAAGGAGUUUGAGCGUCGGGGUGCCCGUUACUGGAAUCGCGUCUUCCGAGGCGGGGAGCGCGUUCCGGAUGAUGUGGCACUACCCCCGGCAGACGAGUAUGAUGUGGCCGGCUAUCUCGGACUGUCAUUGCAGAAUGAGACCUGGGCAAGGCGUGUGAUCAAUGUCGCGGGUAAUCACGAUAUUGGGUAUGCGGGCGACAUCAACAACGAGCGCCUCUCCCGGUUCGAGCGGGUUUUUGGCAAAGCCAACUACGAACUUCGCUUCGAGAUACCCGUCGCAUCGUUCUCUCCAGAAGUACAAGCGACUCUUUUUGAAGAUGACACGCAUACUGAGUCCGAUCGCCUCAUCCCCGAACUUCGAAUCAUUGUCCUCAAUGACAUGAACCUCGACACGCCAGCUGCCAGUGGGGAACUUCAGGACCAGACAUACAAGUUCGUCAACGAUAUCAUCAAUACGGCAAGCGCGGUUGAGUUCAAAGGCCACUUUACCGUUGUGUUGACUCACGUACCACUGUACAAGCCAGAGGGAAUCUGCGUGGACUCGCCAUUCUUCGCAUUUCAUGACUCUGACGGCACUUUGAAGGAGCAGAAUCAGCUCAGCGCUGCUGCAAGCAGAGGGUUUCUCGAGGGCAUUUUCGGUCUGAAUGGAGAUACAAUGGCACCCGGCAAUGGCAGGGGAAGACGGGGAGUGAUCUUGAAUGGCCAUGAUCAUGAAGGCUGCGAUACCUACCAUUACAUCAAUCAGACCCAUGGGCAGAGCGUCGCCGACAGGGAGUGGCAGACCGUGCGCUGGCAAGACGCCGUCGAUGGCAUUGUUGACCGCCCUGGGCUGCCUGGCCUCCGUGAGAUCACUCUACGCAGCAUGAUGGGCGAUUUCGGCGGAAACGCUGGCCUGAUGAGUGCCUGGUUCGAUGAAGAAAGUUGGGAGUGGCGUUUCGACUUCGCUACCUGCCCCUUAGGACGCCAACAUCUAUGGUGGGCUGUUCACAUAUUUGACCUCAUCGUGCUUGGUGCGGUCUUGAUAUACGGCAUUCUCAAGACCUUGAUAGCGACAGGGUUGAUUGUGGAACAGCGAACAAUUCAAAUAGCGACGGCUCCUUCGAGAAAGGAGGUCACGGAACGUGCAGGUGAAAGCACCAACGGGGUGGCAAAAGAAGGGAUCAAGGCAUAA